GAUUCCUAUAUCUUUUAAGAGGAGUUCUCUUUGUUGCUCGAAGAAGGAUUUUUCGCCCGCAGGAGCUUGGGAGGUUGAUCCUGCGGCUGGGGGUCUUGAAGUUGACAUUUUUCUUCCCUUUUUGGGAAGGUUGUUGUCUUGUGUUGAAGUUGUUGUUGGGUUUCUUUGGUGGUAAGACGCGAUUUGACGUUAUGUACUCCUGAGGCAGGAAUGAGGCAGAGAUGGAAAUGGAGAAAUGAAAAUCCGGGGUCUUGGCGAUGAACUUCCCAAAGUCAGCUCACGCAGGGGAAGUUACCGGUAGCCAUUGCUGACAACACCACCGAUAACAGAACUCUACAAAGUAUUUGCGUACGACAAUCUGUUGGAUGGUUCGUAUGGUCUUACAGGAGGUUGCUUGCCGACUGAGCCGCUUUUUGGAAAAUUCUUCGGACGUUCGAGUGGCGAAGUUUCAAUCCAGCGCGGGAUCAGUCUUCCUUCCAAUCAUACGAGUGCCUGUGCCUGUUCGGAGUAUCGUGAACUAACUGGGUACUAGUACCUACCUAUUUCGUAGAUCAGCGACAGACUCAUCGCAAUUCUUCUACAUCGAAUCUUCAGCACCAAAGGGGGUCAGCUUUUGCUUCAUACCCAUCUUCAUUGUAUCCAUCUCUCGUUUUUCAGGACUCUAAUGAAGUUGACACAAGCCUUUUAAAAAGGAAAAUCCUCUAGGCGCCAAAUUGCUUGUAUACGCCUUGGUAUCCUGUGUUAUCGUCGCCUCCCCAAAUUUAACGUCCUUUUCUCCAUUGCAUCCCCACUUCUCUGGGCCACCUUGGCGUUUUUCCGUGUUGCUCUCCCCAGUCCAUCUCUUAUCAAGUGGAUACCCUUUUCAUCGCUUGAAUUUGCCUCGGGACACGGCACGAUAUCCUUUAGCAUUCUUGCCGUCUUCCUGACCAGAGGUUGGACCAAACUUGACUUGAAUGCGACGAUCGACCAAGAUGUUGGUGAGAAGUUUUUACCAACUAUUUAGAGCUUCACCAGUGGAGAGUUUGAAGUCCAACAUGCCAGAAGAAGCAAUUGAGGCUUCUCUCAUUCUAUUCACAUUCCAUUUUCAGAAUUCGCCUUCUUCCGUGCAGUCAAUAUCCUUCUAGCGUUUACCGAGGUUGCUUCCCAGCCAUUCGCAUGGCGAAGAUUGCUCAUACCAGAGUGAAUUGGCAGUCUAGUCCCUUGGCCACCAUGGUGUUGGAAAUGUACUUCUAAUUGCCCAUUGGUCGCUUCAUUUAUUUGUGGUUUCUAACGUGCUUCAUUCCCCGAGCUGAUCUUCUCUCUAUCGUCCAUCCGGGCAGAGAAGCCCAAUGAAGAUACCGCGCAUAUCGUGCAGCUUACUCUUGCCAGGUAGUAAUGCCUGUCUUUAACAUGCACGUAGGCAGAGGCAACGGGUUAAAGAUAAGGAAUGGCAGGGGGUCCGCAUUUUGUCGAUAUCAAUAAAGAGAGUGAAUGUUCCACUGGAAGAUUUGGUACUCAAGCUCAGCUAACCGCCAAACUUUCAAGGGAGUCAGUCAGAUCAAGAGCCAAAGGCAAUUGAGAAAGACAAAGACCAUGGGUACGUUGCUUCUUGUUCAACUUUUGAUACCGAGUUCCUAAAAAGACGUAGCAGCAGUUCAAGUCCAACCUCAGGCCUCCGGGUCCGAGGAGUCUCUCAAAUUCGAUGAGAAAGAGCCACAAGUCAAUGUUGUUGAUGCACAUGAGCACUAUGGCGAAGCUUCAACUGACGAAGAAAUGAGUUCUCUUCGAAGGGUAGCGGGAAAAAUCCCUGCUACAGCCUAUGUCCUCUGCGCUGUCGAGUUUGCUGAGCGUGCCAGUUUUCUCGGUGUCAAGCAAGUUUUCUCCAACUUCGUCAACAGACCUUUACCUGUUGGAGGAAAUGGUGCUGGUGCCCCUCCAAGGGGAACCGAACAAACUGCUGGUGCUCUUGGAAAGGGAACGGUAGUUGCCGCUGCCGUUACCUCUUCAUUUGGAUUCCUGGUCUAUGCUUUACCGAUUCUUGGUGGUUGGCUCGCAGAUGCAAAAUGGGGUAGAUUCAAGACCAUUGCUGUUGGUAUUGCAAUCUGCGGAAUUUCUCAUGGUAAGUUCCCUACCCUUACAUGAACUCUGAAAUAUAAAUGCUAAGUUUACGGUCUUUAGUCAUCAUGGUUAUCGCUGGUCUUCCAUCUGUCAUUCAAGCCGGUCACGCAGAAGGUCCCUUCUUAUUAUCAGUUUACAUUCUGGCCAUUGGUGGUGGUAAGUGAAAUGUCCUACCAAGAAAUAACGUUCUCUAACACAUGUACAGCUCUUUUCAAACCCAAUAUUUCAGUCGUCAUCCUCGAUCAGAAUCCUCACACGAAACCAACAACUCAACUACUUGAAUCUGGAGAGAAGGUUGUCGUUGAUCCUGAAGCGACAAGUGAACGCAUGAUGUUGUGGUUUUACCUUUUGAUCAACAUUGGAGGCUUCUUUGGAGUACCCACUGCUUACCUCGCUAAAUUUGUUGGGUUCUGGCCUGCUUUCCUCUUGCCAGGAAUUCUAUACUUCUUGCUUCCUGCGCUUCUUUGGGUAUGUAAAACAUUUCCCUUCAAAAACACUCUCUCGCUUGUCUCUUAUUCCUUGUUCUCCAACCUCUCUCAUAUCCCACAAGUACAAUCUGUCUAACUUUCACCAUUUAGUGGGUUUACCCUCGUCUCGUCCUCCACAAGCCAGGUGGCUCCGACCUAGGAAAUUUUUGCAAAGUAGUUUUCAUGUGUCUCCGUCGCAGCGGUCUUCGCAAAAUGGGAAAAAACGAGUUCUGGGACGCCGCCAGGCCAUCCGUCCUCGCACAAAGCUCCAACCCACGCACCGUAUCUUGGGACGACCAAUUCGUAACCGACUGUCAACGCACCGCCCAAGCCUGCGGGAUCUUCAUCUUCCUCCCCAUCUUCUUCAUCAAUGACGGAGGCUUGGGAGGUGCGGCAGACGCACUUUCCGUGAUGCUUACCACGACGGGUGUCCCCAACGAUCUCAUCCAGAACUUCAAUCCCUUGAUCAUUAUUUUCUGUAUCCCAGUUUUCAACUAUGGUCUUUACCCCUUGUUGAGAAAGUACAAGAUCCAUUUUGGACCGAUCGCACGAAUCACUACGGGAAUGAUGAUCUGUUCUAUUGGUUCCAUCGGCUGGGCUAUCAUCACAUACUACGCCUACAAGACAGGACCUUGCGGGGAAUUCGCAAGUAGUCUCACCUGCGUCGACGCAGAUGGUGUCUCCCUCGUAUCACCCAUCUCCAUCUGGUGGACCACCAUCCCCGUAACCGUCACCGCGGCCUCGGAAAUCCUGGUCAACGUCACGGCUUAUGGAAUCGCCUACUCACGUGCACCCAAGAACAUGCGCGGUAUGGUCUCGGCCAUCAACUGCUUCAUGAGCGCUAUCCAGUAUGCGGUUAACCUCGCUACCACGAGUGCGAUCCAGGAUCCGCAUAUCACUUGGGCCUUUGCUGGACCUAGCAUUGUGGGCUUUGUGUCGGCGAUUGCGUUCUGGUUCGUGUUUAAGGAUUUGAAUAAUGAGGAGUAUGUUGUUGCGGGUUUGUUAGAUGAUGAGAGUGUGAUUACGCCUGAGAGUCAUCGUGUGCGUGAUGAGGAGGGUAGUGCGAGUGCGAGUGGGAGUGCGUUGGGGAAUGAGACGGUGGUUGUAGGGGAGAAGGGAGCUUUGUGAGGGAAUUGGGGGUUAUGACGAGAUGCUGGAUGUGAAGAUGAUACCUAG